GCUGCCAGUUGAUGGAGGGAUGGAUGAGUACGUUCCUCUUCUUCCUCCUCUGCACCUGCUUGCUGCCUGCUAUAAAUAACGCUAGAUGCUGGGCGACCUGAUAAGCCGAAGAAAAAUCAAAGGCUCUGCUCACCUCUGAUCUCAUCUCAUCUCAUUUGAGAGCUAUCUAGCAUCUAUCCGCUCAUCCAAUCCAAUUAGCUAGGGUAUCCAAAAACACAAGACAGAGAGAUCCACACGUACAUGGGCUCCCUGAGAGGAGGAGGAGGAGGAGGCAUGGAGGAAGCAGCAGCGAUCCCGAUGGUGGACGCGGACGAGGCAUGCGCCCUCCUCAGCGCGGCCACGCACCAGUACCUCGAUGUCAGGAUGUGGGAGGACUUUGACAAGGGCCAUGUCGCCGGUGCUCGAAAUGUUCCCUACUACCUCUCCGUCACUCCACAUGGGAAGGAGAAGAAUCCCCACUUUGUAGAGCAGGUCUCUGCGCUCUAUCCCAAUGACCAGCACUUGAUUGUGGGCUGCCGCUCCGGCAUCCGGUCCAAGCUCGCCACUGCAGACCUCCUUGCCGCGGGCUUCAAGAAUGUGAGGAACCUUGACGGCGGAUACCUCUCCUUGCUCCGAACCACCACAAAUCAGCAUCACCACAACCGCCCAUCACCUGCUUAAUUACUGCAAUUGGCUACUGCUAUAUGAUGGUCGACCAUAUAUUCUAUCUAAUUAUUUCCUCUUGAUUGCUAGCUACCACCAUAGACCAUCAUCGAUCGGUAUGUAUAUGCACUAAAUUAAAGAGGAAUGCAAUAAUGAAAUCAGUGUUCGCCUA